AUGAUCCACGAUGAUCACCAAUGGUAUCCAAGUCUGUUGAAAAAGAUGUGUAUGUCUGUUAUGAGGGGUCUUGAGAGCAAUCACAGUUUUGCCAGCUUUGAAGAGAACAGUAAUUAUUUCCUUAAAUUCUCUAUUGCCCCUCCAGUAGGGGCAAAUUAGCCUUUAUUUCCACACCAGGAUGUUGUGCCUUUAAUAGAUCCCUGCUCAGGUUUUGUGAGUCCAGCAGCAGAUGCUGAACAGCAGCCCAGUGUUGGAAGAGCUAUUGAAUCCCUGGCAGACUGCAGCGACAGGAAACCUCAGCACAUUCCCACCACAGGUGAGAGAGCCCAGCCUGACCAUGGGAGCCUCCUGGAGGAAACCAGCCAGGACAGAAGGGGGAAGUCCAGGUUUAAAACUCGUUGAUCUAGAGCUUACAAAGGAGUUCCUUGGGUUAAUAUGUUUUCUUCCAAAAUUCAGCCUCCAAAAUCAAGGGAGAUGUUGGAUGAUCCUGUUUCCCACUAUUUCACAAAAAGAAGAUACAAUCCCAAACCUAAAAUAAGCCAAGUUGUCGGAGGCUUCUGGAACAGAUUUCAAACAAGAUCUUUUACCUCUCUGCAGAGAUCUGGUGAUUUUGUAAGCCAAAGCUCUCAAACCUGUCAUAUGCCUUUGUAUAUCUGCUGUGUUGGUGCAGUUAAUUUUGAAGAUAGUGCUGGUGUAGACUUAGUCCCAUUUAACCACGUUCAGACUUCCAAACCUCACUGCACAAGCACUACACACUAUCCAGAUAUUCCUGGAUACACUGGCAAGGUUCAUUGGUUAACAACUCACCCAGCAAAUUCUAAUCUUCCAUCAACAGCCCCAUCAGUAAUUGUAGGAAUGCAUGGACAACAUGAGGAAGGACCAGGCCAGAGAAAGAGAAGAUCAAAUGCAAAUUUGUCAGUCGGGAAGUUCUAUUUUGCGCUCCAGGGGCCAAAAUAG